ACUGUCGACGUGUUCUUCUGUUGAGUUUUCGGGGAUCAAACAAAAGAAGAAAUCAAUCGCGGCGGAAGAAGAAGCUAAAAGCAAUGUCGAGGCUAUGGGCGAGAGUAGCAGGAUUGUUCAGAAGCAAGAGUUUCAUCGGAGCAGACAAGACCGGUAACAAGUACUUCUCCAGGAUGGAGGAGAUCGACGGUCUGGUGAAGGAGAAGCGAUGGGUUGUCUUUAGACGAGAAGAGGACCCAACCUCUGUUCCUGUUGAAUGGAUAUGUUGGCUGAAUGGGCAGCGAAAAAGAGCUCCUACUCCAGAGGAAAUGGCUGAACUUGAAGCAAGGCGUGAGCGUGUGAAGCUUAAUGUUGCUCGUCUCAAGAAAGAAGAGGAGGAGAGGAAAGCCCGAGAAGGAACUGGCCGCAAAAUCACGACCAUCGGUAAAGUUGAGGGUCCAGAUUUGACAAGCUUUGUUCGCCAUUUCCCACCGGAUUCUAAAGGUGAUAAAAGAGAGGAUGCUAGUGAAGAAGCAGAUCAAUCAAGGGUCAAGGAACAUGAACCCCAGAUAGUUACUGCAGAACCACCCGAACCAAAGACAACAGAGCCAUCAGGGUCCGGAUCAUCAUUUAGGCCCGGGACCUGGCAGCCACCAUCCUAAACUCAUCUCAAUAUCUCAUGUUCACGCUCGCAGUAACAACCAACAAAGUUGUUUUGUCCAAUCUUCUGUUUGUUGUAGUCUAUUGUGUUUGAAUCUUACAUAUUAUUCAGAGAGAGAGAGAGCUUGUGAGGACCCUAAAAUGUGCGGCCUUUCACACGUUGUUAUUGAGGACUUAGAAGAGUCAAAAAUGAAAAGCCAUCUCUCACCUUAUGAUUUGUUUUGUUUGGUGAGAGUUGUCUCUUGGCAUUGUGCUCGAGACUUUGAUUUUCUUUGUGCCUUAAUAGCUUAAGAAGAGUCCUAUCAUUCACCCUA